AUGGGCGCCCAGCCAUCGCAAUGCUGCGACGGGUGGGGGGACCGCAGCAUGGAGACGCCUGAGGAGGUGGAAGCGCAUCCGUGGACUGAGGAGGAUCCGUCCAAGAGCACAGGGCAGCUGCCAGGGUUGCCAGGCUCCAAGAUGCCAGCCUUCAAUCGGCCCAAGCAUGGGAGGAGCUUACUGGACCUGCUGCAAGGGAAGUGGCAUCGAAAAGAGGAUGGCCAACCCGUAGGUGACAUCAGUGGUACCUACAUCGUGUGGAACCCUCGGUGGCAGUUCCAGGAAGUGAUUUCGCCCAUCUCGGAGGAUGUCUCGGGGGCGGUGGUCAUCGAUCUUGAGAAGCAGUUGCAUUUUGGACGGCCCUACUUCGGCCCUGAAACGCUCAUCAGUUGGGGGGAUGGAGACCUUUGGGUCAAGAAAUCCGCAGUUUAG